CUUACAGUACACAGGAUUCCCAACAUAGGCCUAUCUGCAACUUGACAUCAUGUCUAACUAUGAUAACUACCAGCAGCAGAACCAAUAUCCGCCCAGUGGUGGCCAGGCUCACCAGAAUGGCGGAGGCUACGGUCAAUCUCAAGGUUACCAGCAAGACCAUCGCGGCGAAGCAGGGUCGUACUAUGGAGCCGGGCAGCAGCAAGGCUACAGCCAACAUCAGGACUCACUUCACCAAGGAAAUGGGCAAGCACAACAGAAUCUCGGAGACUCAGGGUACGGGCAGUCCCCGCCACAAUACCAGCAGUAUCCCUCCGCCGCCGCCCAUUCCUCCAACUCCGGCCGCAACUCCCACAACCAAGGCCACCAGAACCAGUACAACGGCGAGGGCAAUCCCGAAGGUGAUCGAGGCAUCAUGGGCGGUCUAGCCGGCGGUGCAGCAGGCGCCUUUGGCGGCCACGCCCUCGGAGGCAAAGCAGGCCACGGGACGUCCGGAACCAUCAUCGGCGCCCUCGCAGGCGCCUACACGGGACACAAAGCCCAAGACGCCGCAUCCGACUGGAAAGACAAACGCGACGAGAAAAAAGACCAAGAAAAGCAGCAACAACAACACCAUGCGAAUCCUCCCGCACAAGAUCAGCGCCAACACACCGACUUCGGCGCCAACUUCAGUGCGUCCUCACGAGACAUCCGCCUCGAUUCCCAUGGCGAGUUUAACUUGCACGCCCAAUGCCGCCGCGCUGACGGCUCCUACCAAGCAAGCACCAUCAGCCUCAACAGCAUCUUAGAAAACGACGGCGGCAGUUUCCGCUGGUCCGGGGGCCAGAGCAACGGCGCGUCCACAUACACUGUUCAACAAGGGGAUACACUCCGCGCCAUCGCUGCGCGCUUCGCCCACUGCUCGUUUGAAGACCUGGCUCGCCAUAACAAUAUUAGUAACCCGGAUAUGAUCUACCCUGGCCAGAAUCUGCAGGUACCGGGGGGAGGCAGCCGUGGGGGAGGGAAUUUCGGAGCGUCGGCGAGGAAUUUAAGGCUUGUUGAUGGGGGGCAGCGGCUUGAGGGCGAGUUGCUGAGGGAUGGGCAGUGGCAUGUGCGCUCGAUUGUGCUGGAUGAGCGGAUCGCGAAUAGGAAUGGGUGUUUGGAGUUUGUGUAGAUAUUUAUGCUGCUAGGUCUUUGUAGUGAAUAGGACAUCGUACAACAAA